AGCGUUGCGCUGCGGCCCCUCCGGAAGUCUUUUCCCCCAAACGCCUCGGUCUCUGCCUCUGUGUGUCGUGAGGUCCUGCUGAAUUCACAACGUAGAGAGAGGAAAGAAUACUUGCAAUCGCUCCUGAACUCUUCACUUCAACCCUGCGCCUCGGUCCGAGAUGCUUAUUUAGUGUAUCGUUAUCCUCCUCUCCAGGGAGCUCGGGAUUCAUAAAUCCUGCAGAGGAGCUGCAAGUGGAAUGUUCCAGAGCUGAAUGAUGGCGACCAAUGGCAGUGUUGGCAUACUGAAUUCUGCUUUCGUGGCGGUUGAAUAUGUAGAUUCUUUCUUGCCCAAGAAUCCACUACAGCAACUAUUUAAAAAUGCUUGGAUGUCUAUGCUGAAUAACUACUCUAAGUUCCAGAUUGCAACAUGGGGAUCACUUAUAGCGCAUGAGUUUGCGUAUUUCUUAAUAUGCUUGCCUGGAUUUGUAUUUCAAUUUAUACCUUACAUGCAAAAGUAUAAAAUACAACAGGAAAAGCCAGAAACAUGGGAAAAACAAUGGAGGUGUUUCAAAAUCGUUAUGUUCAAUCACUUCUUCAUUCAGUUCCCUUUGAUAUGUGGCACGUACUAUUUUACGGAAUAUUUCAGCAUUCCUUAUGACUGGGAAAGCAUGCCGAGAUGGUUUGUGAUACUUGCCCAAUGUUUGGGAUGUGCUGUGAUUGAGGACACCUGGCAUUAUUUUCUUCAUAGACUUUUGCACCAUAAGAGACUAUAUAAGCACAUCCACAAAGUACAUCACGAGUUUGUUGCUCCGUUUGGGAUGCAAGCAGAAUAUGCUCACCCUCUGGAAACCCUUAUCCUUGGAGCUGGAUUUUUUAUUGGAAUAAUAGUCUUCUGCAAUCACAUGAUUCUGCUGUGGGCAUGGCUAAUUUGUCGCUUGCUGGAGACCGUUGAUGUCCACAGUGGCUACGAUGUUCCUCUGAACCCUUUGCAUUUGCUGCCUUUCUAUGGUGGCAGUCGAUUUCAUGACUUCCAUCACAUGAACUUCAUUGGCAACUAUUCUUCAACGUUCACAUGGUGGGAUAAAAUCUUUGGUACAGACUCUCAGUACAACAGUUAUGUGGAGAAAAUGAAGAAACAGGAGCAUGUGGUGGAAAAGAAGACCAAAUAAAUCCUGCCACUGUAAAGAGUAAAGGUCAGCAGUCAAGGGAUGUAAGUGGUUGCCUUGCGCUUCUGGUUAAAACUGAAAGGUAUGCCGCGAUUCUAAAGCAAAGUUUGCUUUAAAGGAAGCCCGAGAGCACGCCUGCUGACCCUUUGUCACGUAGGAGGAGAAACCAUUAAUUGCUAUAGCAUCCUAGUUGGAAUGCUUUUCUAUUUUAUACAAAAUAAAGCACACAACUUAAGAGGAAGGUAAAUACAUUUGCAAGUUUUGUGCCCUUUACCUUUGGGUUGAACUAUUACACACUUUUGGGAUACAAAUGUUAAACUUUGUAGAACUUGUAAAAUGCAACCAUGAAAAUUGUGGUUUUACUAGUUUUUUAAACCAUACAUUGAGGAGGACUUCCUUGGGAGCAGAAGCAGAGGAGCUUUUCAGCAACCGUUUGCACAUGUUAAUAGCUGUUCAUUCCAAAACUUUUAUUUGUCUCACGUCAUUAAAUUAUGCUGUGUUUGAAAGAGUGGCUUUUCUCUUGGGAAGAGCCUUUUUAUUCUUUUUUAAGUAUCUGUUCUGUCAGUGUGUGAAGCAUUGCAUAACAAUUUGUAAACUACUGAGGUGUUGGUAUGAUUUACAUUCGUGGCUUGCAAAAGAAUGUAGAAUUGGUCUGACUUUUGUUUAAGUUUACCAUCCAGCAAAUAAAACCAUAUUGGCUUUCAGACUCUU